AUGACUAAUGCAUCAACCGAAGACAAAAGUACAACAAAUCCGGAUGUUUCAAACAAUCAAGAAGAUGUGAAUGUAGAUGAAGAAAACGACACAGAGACUAUCCAAAAGAAUAACAUGAGGGAUCUUAAUAAGCAACUUAAUGAAUUCUACCGUAUUAUUGCGCCUACGGGUGUAGAGAUGGAAUACAGAGCAUAUGUGAUGAAUCACAUUAAAAAAUCCAUUGAAUCAACCAUUCCAAACACGAGAGUGGUGACAUUCGGCAGCUACAGAACCAAGUUGGUUAUACGUUCAAGUGAUAUAGACCUUGGGGUGUUGCUUCUUGAUCCGCAGAUGGAGCAAGAGGAUCCAAACAAUUAUUUAUUCAAAAUCAAAAAUAUUCUAUUGAACCAUAAAAUUGUUGAUAAAAAAUCUGUUUUCCACAUUUGGAGUUCAAGGGUGCCGAUAAUUAAGUUUCAAGACAAAUACUUUGGAUUUAAGAUAGAUAUUUCGAUGAAUCAAUCAAGUGGUGUAAGAGCUGCAGUUUUUAUGAAUAACGUAAUGAAAGUCUAUCCAAAAAUAAGGAAGGUUGCAAUUAUACUGAAGUAUUUUUUAACACAGAAGAAACUUUCAGAUGCAUCUACAGGUGGAUUGAAUAGCUACUCACAGUUUCUAUUAAUUCUGAACUUUUUUGUCCAGAAGAUAGAUAAUAGUGAUAAAAGGGGACUUGACGAUACUGCGAAGUUUUUUCUUGAUUUUUUCAAGUUCUAUGGAUGGGAAUUCACUAGUUCAAUUUCUGAAGAAGAUCCGUGUCCGAAUGUGAGGAUAUAUACCAGAUAUGAUUCGAGUAUCUCGAUUGAAGAUCCUACUGAUCCUACAUGCAAUGUGGCUCUGGCAUGCCGAAAGUAUCCUCAGAUCAAAAAGUUAUUUAGGAAAAUAUUUAUUUUAAUUAAUGUUGCUAUCGGGAAAAAAUCACAUUCUCGUGAUAUUUUGUCUCUAUGGCUUGAUCCUGAUUUUAUCGAAGAUAUUUAUAUGCAAAAGAACAUUUUACUUUAUUCCAAAGCUUUGAAGCUUCUCGAGUAG